AAUACCUCCUCUCCUCCCAAAACCCUAGCUCUCUGUUUUCCGCAACGCAGCGACAGCUUCCUCCCUCGAGAUCCAUUUGGAAGGUGAUAAUCCUGCAGACAAGCUAGCUGCAAUGGCCACCGGUGAGCUUGCCUGCACUUAUGCUGCCCUCAUUCUCCAUGACGAGGGUAUCCACGUCACUGCCGAGAAGAUCUCUGCCCUGGUGAAAGCAGCCAACUUGACUGUUGAAUCCUACUGGCCCAGCCUUUUCGCCAAGCUCUGUGAGAAGAAAAACAUCGACGACCUCAUCAUGAACGUCGGUUCAGGUGGGGGUGCCGCCCCUGUGGCAGCUGCAGCUCCUGCAUCUGGUGCUGCUGCCGAAGCAGCCCCUGCGGCCGAGGAGAAGAAAAAGGAGGAGCCCAAGGAGGAAAGUGACGAUGACAUGGGAUUCAGCUUGUUCGACUAGAUGGACAGCACACCCUCUCUUUAUUUUUCUUUUGUCGACUCUUUUCUUUUCAUUGAAGUUUGCAAGUUUCGAUAGUAGUCUUUUUUUUUUCCUUCAUUUUUUUUUGUGAAAACAUGUCCCCAGGACUUCACUUGAUGAUGAUGUCUUCUUAGAAGUGAUUUUCUUCUUACUCAA